ACUGCAGCAAUGACCAAUUCUCAGGAGCAUCUGACUCUGACCCACAAGCUCAGAAAGCCUCUGGUGGAGAAGUUACGCAGAGAGCGAAUCAACAGCAGCAUUGAGCAGCUCAAGUCUCUCCUGAGUCCAGAGUUCCUCAAACAGCAGCCAGACUCCAAGCUGGAGAAAGCAGACAUCCUGGAGAUGACAGUUUGUGUCCUGAGACGGCUGCAGCAGCAGAAUCAACCUGUGGACUCACCAGCUGUCGGUCAGGGCUAUUCCAGAUGUGUCCAAGAGGUGACACACUUCCUGUCCAAAGAGCAGGUGAAGACCCUGUCCCAGAGAAAACUGCUGAACCACAUCAACAAGCUGCAGUCUUCCUCUGAUAACAACCUGAGAGAGGCUGACUUCUCUCUUCUGAGCUCCACAGUCCAGACCAGCAUCACCAAAGAGAAGAGUCCGGUCAACAGCGCCGUCUGGAGGCCGUGGUAGACACCUCCAGACUGGAGUUACUACCAGACCAACUGAGAUGACCAUAUUGGUCAAAAGUUAUCAUCAGAUUCUGAAACACUAGAGGUGUCGUGUGCAAAGUGUUUUAAUUCAUCUAAAAGUCGUAAUGGACUGACAUUUUCAUGUACUUUUGGUAAUAUAUUUUCAAAGAAAAUGAAAUCUGAUAUUUGUGAAAAUAUUGAGUGGAGCAAAAUGUUUAUUCUAUGAAUUACAUAUAUUCUCUUAUUGAUUAAUCAAUAUAAUUACGUUUGGCCAAUAAUGGCCAGCAUUAUAAAGCCUGCAUCAAGAGUGAUGCAGUGAUAGGAAUUGGCAAAUUUCAGCUACUUUCUGGUAGCACUUUUUCUUCCUUUUGGAUGUGCUUGAUUACGUUUUUACUUUGUAAAAGAUUAUUGACCCAUGCUGGGUCUGAAGUCAUCUGUUCUGUCAUCAACAUGUUCUGUU